UAUAAACUUCCGUAUGAAGCAAGGAGGAAGUUAUGAUUAAAUAUGUUUUAUACUGCGUCUCGAGUUCAAUGGUGGAGAAGUUUUGAAACAGAUCUGAUUUGACUGGUGUGGAAACAGAACGUUCUUGUUUAAGCUGUCUGAAGAACCUGUGGAAACCUAACCCUCAGUGUCGGACACUAGCAGACUGACAGCAGUGCCUGGACUGUUAUUAUCAAAUCCUUAAUGUUCAACUUGAACACGGAUUUUUCAGGAUGGCUGUGGCCUUUUAUUUACAGCUGAUGGCAUUACUUGUCUGUACCUUGCCAUCUGGGCUCUGCAUUCAGAUUAUUGAAAAACCACCAGAUGGCUGCUCACAGAUGGGACUGAACUGCACUUUGAUCUUGCCACGUAUCAUCUGUGUUGACAAGAGCUGGUUUAAGGAUGCAAAAUGGACUCCAUCUCCUCCAAAAGACAUAAAUGUGAGAUUACAGAGUACAAAGAAUAAGGAGGGACACUUAAUCCCUGUGCUGCUGGUCACAUGGAGGCUUGCUACUGAUGCAAGCAUUAGUUAUGCAUAUGGGUCUGAGAUUUCAGUGCUAAAACACAACACGCAGGAACAUUCAUGUGUCAUUUAUAAUUUCACAAACGGAAUUAAAACACAGCUGAAUCCUUACCAAAAGUCGUGGACAUUUUCUUUUGCUGGAUUUGUGGCUGAGCCUGGUAGCACGUACAAUGUAUCUGUCUACAAUUUACCAAGACCCAACUUUUACAGUGACAAAUAUGAUGUUUCUAAAACAUUUUCAGUUCCUGAUUGCAGUAGUGCGGAGAUGAAAGAGUAUGAAAUUUGCAUUGUUCAAGGCAGCAAGUGGAAUCCUGAGAUAACAUAUAAUGUCAGUGAUGGUGAAGUGCAUGUAUCCUUCAUUUCAAGCAGUCAUUCAUUGGAUGGUUACAGGAUAACAUUAAGCAGUCAUAUGGAUCGUGACUUGUGCAACACUGAUUUCAAAGACAUCCCUAAGGUGUCCCUCAAAAUGGUGACUGUUAAAUUUUCCACUAAAAAGUGGAAAAGGGCUUGCUGUAAUUAUUUUAUUCAGAUUCAGCCAUUUUUUAUUCCAUGUCGAAAUGACUGCGUAAGAUAUAACAGGACUAUUGAGUGUCCCACCACACCAUUUGUCCCAAAUGCUCCACGUCCUCCAGAACAACUUCAGAUGUAUUGGCUUAUCCUGUGUAUUAUUGGAGUCAGUAUUCUGUUAUGUUUUCUGCUUCUAAUGAUCAAAUACUUAAGAAAUAAAGGUGACUCUAAGCCCAGUAUUCCAGGCCCAGUUCUACCCCCUCCACUGAAAACAAGAAAAGUUUUAAUAAUCUAUUCCAAGGACCAUCCACUCUAUGUUAAAAUUGUGCUCAAGUUUACAGAGUUCCUUAGGACUGUUUGUGGUACAGAUGCAAUCUUGGACUUGCUGAACACACACGAAAUUGCAAAGAUGGGACCCAUUCAAUGGCUGACUCAUCAAAAAACGGAGCUAGAAAGUUCUUCUUCUAAAAUUCUCAUUUUAUGUUCACGUGGAACUCGGGCUAAGUGGAAUGCUAUGCUAGGAGAGGCUGAGAAGGCUGUUUUGUUAAAACAAGAUCAGCUGUCUCCAGUUCACGACAUGUUCACUCCUGCUCUGAACUUAAUUUUACCUGAUUUCAAGAAACCAGCCUGUUUUGGGAAAUACAUCAUUGCCUACUUUGAAGACGUGAGCUGUGAAAGAGACAUUCCUGAGCCAUUCAAUGUUAUACCUAGAUAUCGAUUAAUGAAACACUUUGAGGAAAUCUAUUUUCGGAUCCAAGACCUGGAGCUGCAUGAACCUGGGAAAACUCAUAGAGUGGAGGGUAUUGGACCCAAUGAUUACUUCAGGUGUUCUAGUGGUAGUCAGCUUUUGCAAGCAAUACAGAUGUUCCAAAACUGGCAGAGUUGUCACCCUGAUUGGUUUAAAGAUGAAUGCCUUUCAUCAGAAGUUGAAGAACUGGAUGAGCUUGAUGUAUCAAGCACUUGUGAUCCAUUAUUACCAGUGAAAGGGGUAGCAAAAACAAGCUUGGUUGUGAACAUACCAGGGCCAUUUUAUUGCAAUGAUGUCCGUGUCCUCGAGCCACAGAAGGAAACUAUGUUAAAAGAGCCUCAGUUAGCAUAUGAAGAUGGAAACUAUUUAGCAUCACAGAAUAAAGUCACAGUCAGUUAUGAUAAGGCAUAUGAAAACAUUGCAGUUUGCAUAACAGACCCCCUCAGCUCAGGUUUUAAAAAUGGGAGAGUCAAUGAUAUAAUGCCUUUGUCUACUUUAAGGACACUGGAGGAUGGUAGCAUUGUAAAUGGGGAUGUAUGUUUUCCAUACAGAAAUGACUUACUUCUUUAUGAAAUCCCCAGUACCUCAAAGGUUAUGAUCAACAGCUUACAGACAACUGAUAGUCAAAAUGACUCAUUACUUAUGGUCAACAGCUUACAGCCAGCUGAUAAUCAGGAUGACUCAUCAGUUAUGGUCAACAGCUUACAGACAACUGAUAAUCAGGAUGACUCAUCAGUUAUGGUUAGCUGCUUACAGCCAACUAACCAUCAGGAUGACUCAUCAGUUAUGGUCAACAGCUUACAGCCAACUGAUAAUCAGGAUGACUCAUCAGUUAUGGUCAACAGCUUACAGCCAACUGGUAAUCAGGAUGACUCAUUAGUUAUAGUCAACAGCUUACAGCCAGCUGGCAAUCAGGAUGAGCCAGCAAGCCACCUUUCUAACGAUGUGAAGAAACAGCUUGAAGACCUACAACGGAUGUUGUUCAUAGGAAGCUUACAGAUUCCAAGGGAGCAGAGUGUACUGCAGGAUGUACAGUACCCACUCUAUGAACUUCACUGCGAGACCUUAAAGGGACAGAGAGAAUCCCUGCAGUCUGACCAGGGCUACAUUUCCAGAUGUUCUUCUCAGCUUCUUGAAGUACCUGUGGAUGCAACAAAUGACAGCACUUCCCAACAAAAUUCCCCAGAUGCAUUAGAAGAACUAAGAAAACUGCAGCAGUUGCUAUUUCAAGAAAGUCAACAAAGUGCAUCUCCCUACAAUUUGGAAGUUAUUUAAGAAAAAUAUAUUUCAGGGUGUUACUGUAGCUCCCAUGUUUAGCUUAUGAUGGACAAUUAAAAGUUGCAGUUUCAUUAGUCUGAACAUGGACUAAAGCUGUUGUUAAUGUAUUUUUUCAUUGCUUUUAAUUUUAAUGUAUUAUAACGGGAAUUCAGUGCACAGGAUCAAAGGAGAUUACUAGGCUGUCGGCCUGGAGGUCAUUUUUAAGCCUAGCCGUUUCUUCCCAAUGUAAUACCAUGAAAAUGCUAGUCAAGCUCCAAAACUGCAUUUAGUGAUAACUGCCCAUUUCCAGGAGGUUCAUGUUAGCAUGUUAUGCUAGAUGUCUGUGUCCUUGAGCCACAGAAGGAAAUUAUGUUAACAGAGCCUCAGUUAGCAUGUGAAGGUGGGAACUAUUUAACAUCACAGAAUAAAGUCACAGUCACUUAUGAUAAGGCAUAUGAAAACAUUGCAGUCUACAUAACAGACCCCCUCAACUCAUGUUUUAAAAGUGGAAGAGUCAGUGAUAUAAUGCCUUCAUCAGCUUUAAAGACACUGGAGGGAUGGUAACAUUGUAAAUGGGAAGUAUGUUUGCCAUAUCGAAAUGACUUAAUUCUUUAUGAAAUCCCCAGUACCUCAAAGGUUAUGAUCAACAGCUUACAGACAACUGAUAAUCAAAAUGACUCAUCAGUUAUGGUCAACAGCUUACAGCCAACUGAUUAGGAUGAUUUAUCAGUUAUGGUCAACAUCUUACAGCCAACUGAUAAUCAGGAUGACUCAUUAGUUAUAGUGAACAGCUUACAGCCAUUUGGCAGUCAGGAUGAGCCAGCAAGCCACCUUUCUAACGAUGUGAAGAAACAGCUUGAAGACCUACAAUGGAUAUUGUUUGAAGGAAGCUUCCAGAUUCCAAGGGAGCAGAGUGUGCUGCAGGAAGUAUAGUACCCACUCUAUGAACUUCACUGUGAGACCUUAAAGGGGCAGAGAGAAUCCCUGCAGCCUGACCAGGGCUACAUUUCCAGAUGUUCUUCUCAGCUUCUUGAAGUACCUGUGGAUGCAACAAAUUACAACACUUCCCAACAACAUUUCCCAGACGCAUUAUAAAAACUAAGAAAACUGCCGCAGUUGCUAUUUCAAGAAAGUCAACAAAGUGCAUCUUCCUACAAUUUGGAAGUUAUUUAAGAAAAAUAUAUUUCAGGGUGUUAUUGUAGCUCCCAUGUUUGGCUUGUGACUGACAGUUAAAAGUUGUAAUUUCAUUAGUCUGAACAUGGAUUAAAACUUGUUAAUGUA